UUAGCUCUGUGUCUGCAGCCCUGUGAUCCCAUAAUAAGCUGGAAGAUGGAAAGCAACUCUUUGGGUUAUUGUAUUCAUUUUUGAAGCGGGGCUUAAAAGAUUUCCUCACAGGAAGCUGUGUAAGUGCAAGGAGGGCACCAGUAUUGCAGUCUGUGAGCCUCAGAGCCCUAGAGAGAACCAGAGUACCUAUUCUCCUUCAGAUCUGCACCCCUGUCAUGUCGUCUGGUUCCAAAAAGAGGCUGCUUUUUUAUUCUCCUAAAGACACUUUUGUGGAAGCCCUCUGCAUUGCAGCAGCACAAGAAAACAGAGCUAAUAACAGGAGUGAAUCAGCUUGGGGUGGUUCAUUGCAUCAUAAGUGGAACAUAAAGGAAAUGCUUGUAACACGGUUGGAUGAGAAAAACCCAUUGCCUAUGAAGAGAAAUUAAAUUGAUGGACAGUCUGUACUAGAGCCAUGGGAUGUGGCACUUCUGUGACUGGGAGUCGGGCAAAAAAGUCAGAGAGAGCAAUUAAAGCAGCUAUCCUCAUUCAGAGGUGGUAUCGGUGUUACAUGGCCCGGCUGGAGAUGAGGCGGCAGUAUGCUCUUAGCAUCUUUCAGUCAAUUGAAUAUGCUGAAGAACAAGCUCAACUACAGCUGUCCAGUUUUUUUACAUUCAUGCUGGAUCACUUUACUUAUCUCAAUGAGACUGAUACAGAUUUGAUUUAUCAAUUUUUCAAUAGUCCCAGUGAUUUUAAUACCGCAGGUUCAGAUGUACAAUUACUAGAAUAUGAGCGGACGAUAGAGGUCCCAGACUCCUACCGUGGACCUCGGCUGUCAUUUCCCCUGACUGUUGCGGACACUAAUUCACUUCUUCAUGCUUUCAAGGAUCAACAGCACCUUCAUGCCCGCUACGUCCUACAGCUGCUACACGAAACCAAGAAACUCCUUAAACAGAUGCCUAACAUCAUUCAUCUGUCGACCUCCUACUCCAAGGAGAUAACCAUCUGUGGUGAUUUGCAUGGAAAACUGGAUGAUCUUUUGCUGAUAUUCUACAAGAACGGCCUGCCUUCAGAAGAAAACCCUUACCUUUUUAAUGGAGAUUUUGUGGAUAGGGGGGAAAAUUCCAUAGAAAUACUUAUUAUCCUGUUUGCCUUUCUUCUUGUCUACCCCAACCAUUUACACUUGAACAGGGGGAACCAUGAAGACCAUAUCAUGAAUCUGAGAUAUGGCUUCACAAAAGAAGUUAUGAAGAAGUACCGGUCCCAUAGCAAAAAAAUUUUAAAUCUUCUGCAAGAUGUUUAUAGCUGGCUUCCCCUUGCCACUGUCAUUGACAGCAAAGUACUAAUCGUACAUGGAGGAAUAUCAGACACCACUGAUUUGGAUUUCCUGAAUUUAUUUAAGAGAAAUAAGAUGAAGUCGGUGCUGAGACCACCAAAAUCAAGCACAGAGAGAAACCAUGACCCAGAAAGAACUGACUUUGUAGAGUACUCUCCUAUAAGAAGAGUCAAGAAAUGCCUUCCUGGGCAGGAUAUUGCUGUCAAAGGAAUGACCAGGCCUUCAUCAUCAUCUAGCCAUACAAGACGAUACACCAGUGAUCUGUUGGAUGUUGGGGAGCACAUGUGUCUGCUUCAUGAUGGUGUCAACUCUGGCCCGCUCCUAGAGGCACAGUAUCUAGAGUCCAGUGUUCGUAUGCCGAGUGUGCCUUCAGAAUUAACAGCAAAGGAAUGGAAACAAGUGGUUGAUAUUCUUUGGAGUGAUCCAAAAAACCAAAAUGGCUGCACACCAAACAAAGUUCGAGGAGGUGGUUGCUACUUUGGGCCUGAUGUUACUGCCAGGCUGCUUAAACGGUAUAAUCUGAAGAUGCUGAUCAGGUCUCAUGAAUGUAAACAAGAAGGUUAUGAGAUCAGUCAUGAUGGGCAGGUUAUCACUAUUUUUUCUGCCUCUAACUACUAUGAAGAUGGCAGCAAUCGUGGUGCUUAUCUCAAACUGAAUCCUGAUUUGAUACCUCGCUUUGUGCAGUAUCAAGUCAGUAAAGCCACACGCAAACAGACUCUUCACCAGAGGGUGAGUGUGGUUGAAUGGUCUGCAUUAAAGUCAUUACGAGAGAAACUUUACUCCCGGAGAUCAGAACUCACUGCAGCUUUCAGACAGUACGACCCAAAUUACACAGGAAGAAUUUCUGCCACAGAAUGGGCCUCAACAGUGGAAUCUGUUUUACAUCUGGAUCUCCCAUGGAGGACUCUGCGUUCUCGGUUGGUGCAGCUUGCUCCAGAUGGAAGUGUCGAGUAUCUUUCAUGUUUUAAUGAUUUGGAAAUAGAGCCAGCCAUAAAAGAGGUUCAACCAGCUUUGGUGGAAACCCUGUACAGAUACAGAACUGAUCUGGAGAUCAUCUUUAACAUCAUUGACAAAGAUCAUUCAGGUCUGAUCUCCAUUGAGGAAUUUCGCCAGACGUGGAAACUCUUCAAUUCUCAUCUCAAAAUUGACAUAGAUGAUGAAUCCAUUGACAACCUAGCCCGCAGCAUUGACUUCAACAAAGAUGGCAGCAUUGACUUCAAUGAAUUUUUAGAGGCCUUUCAUGUGGUUAAUAAAUUUGAAAACAAAUAGAACCAGAACUAAUUUCAGAAGUUCUUGUCAGGAGCUUGACUAUCUGCCGGUGAUGAUAUGCUGCACUGAGAAACGUAAUGCCUGUCUGAGAAAGAAGGGACUGCAUGGUAAACGUAUGAGCUGGAGAACCAGAAGCAUGGUGCUGUUUGGGGAAGUCAUUUCUUAGCCAGUUGUAAACUGUGGACAGCUGCUACACUGGAGAAUAUUAAUGAUGAGAGAAAAGAGGCAAAAAACUUUAACAUCCUUCUUAUGGGGUGGUUGCCUGAUGGUAGAGCAGGACACUGCCAUAUUAGCAACUUGUUUGAUUCCAGUCCUUGUUUCUUUAUCGCCUGACCAUUGGGAACUUGAUCACUGCCAGUGUAGAUCCUUUAACCCUCUGGGAAGUUAAGAUGAACUUCUUUGUGUGGCUUCACAGAUUAGAAGAACUGAUGUAUUUUGCAUGAUGAUAAUAAAUUAAUAAUUUCAGCUCA